AUGGUUACGCGGAAGGGGGCUAACUGCAAAAAGCUUCUUCAUCAGUCAUCAUACGAGGCUUCGCAAUUAUCCGUAGACGUGGCUACCCGGCUGCCUCCACCGCUUCCCAAACCAUUGCCCCCGCCACCAUUCUCACGGCGCAAGCAGCUACAUCGGAGGGGCGCCAGUGACGGGUCUGUUCUUGCCCUCUUCCCAGAUGUUCGACAUUCACAGAGCCUUGGCGAUCUUAUUCAGCCCACUCUUCCGAGUCCCCCUGUAAACCUGCAAACGACUCCUCCUGUUCCUUUUUUCUCGUACCCAGCAGCCCCUCUCAAUUCCAAAUUUUCUGGUCCUGCUACACAACCCCGGCCUGUGCUUGAAUUUCUGGAUGGUAGUGGUGUCCCCGCCGCUUGCACGGCCGAGCCCUGCAUGCUGGACGCUGACCUUUUUGGCGCCGCCUUUGACGCCAUCAGAAGCGAAGCCAAGGGUUUGUCCACUUCGUAA